AUGGGUUGCGGAUCGUCCAAACAACCAGAGUCUAUUGUGAAUUCCGAGUAUGGGAGUCCCAUCAAGGGUCGUCAUGGUAGUACCACUUCAUCACCUACUACUACUACUACUACUACUACUAUUAAUAAUAAUACUUCCAAUACGAAUGCUUCACGAUCCAUGCCAGUGGCGGUAGCACCUCCCAAACCAGCAAAAUCAGCACCACCUCCUCAAGCCUUUCAACAACCACAACCACCAACAACAAAUAAGGAACAACAACCACAACCACCCACAAAACCAAAACCACAGCAAUCGACAUCGACUCCGGCGACAAAAAAGGAGGAACCAGCCAAAUCGAUGACAACAACCAAAGCAACAACUAAAAAGGCAGAAGACUCUACCGCACCAGCUACAACGACAACAACUACUACUACUACUACUACUACUAGUAGUAGUACUAGUGAAACGACAGGAGCCGUGGUCAGAGAUCCAUUAAUCUUUCCCUCGUUCGUUGCACCUCCACCUACUGGAACUACUCUUUCCAGUAUGCCAUUCUUUGAAGAAUCGACCAAACAUAAGGAUGAUGAUGGUGCACCCAAGAAAAAUAAAGAAGAAGAAGAAGAAACGAAAGCACCUGCACCUGCAAUCAACAACAACAACAAAAACAACAACAACAACAAAAACAAAAACAAGAUGGAAAAAGAAGAAGAAAAGAAAAUACUACCCAUACCUCCUCCUAUUCCUGCGACGACUCCUGCUUCCUCCGCACCACAUCCCGGCAAGGUGGAACAAGUGGUCGAAAAGGUCUUGGAAAAGGCCGCCAAGGUGGACAAGAUUGCCGAAAAGGUGGAAGAAAAACAAAAGGAAAAGGAAGCUGUCAAACAACAACAUAAACAUGAACAAAAACAAAAACCACAACCACAAGCUCCAACGCCGACAAAGAACGCACCAUCAAAGGCAGCACCGGUAGAGAAAAAGGUGACCCCAGCACAAGCAAAGAAUAACAAAAAGCCAGAGAAGAAGAAAAAGACACCAGCACCAACACCACCGCCAGAGAAGUCAGCCGAAUCGGAACCUACCCCUACCUCUACUACUAGUAGCAGUACUAACAAGACAGACCCCGCCGAAGCAUCGUCCAAACCAUCCCAAUCAUCAUCAUCAUCAGCAGCAGCAGCAGGAGGAGGAGGCCCACUUCGAGCGGACGAUUUCGUAUUGGAUUCCUCGGAUCCACAUUUCAAAUUGAAGCGAAAGUUACUCAAAAAGUUGCGUCAAAUUGAACAAUUGGAAGAAAAGGGUACAGAGACUUUAACCGAGGAACAGAUUGUCAAAUUGAAUUCCAAACAAGAAACUUUGGAUCAACUGGCGGCCUUGAUGUAA